CUGCUGUGGACGCUGGGCCGGGGCCCCGGGAAUGUCCCGGGCCCAGGGGCUGAGACGCGCGCUCCGCUUCUCCCGGCUCGGCUGGUGUCUGCACGGCCUGAGGCUCGCCGCGUUCCGAAAUGGCCGAGCAGCCGGACCAGGCUGUCCAGUACUACACCCUGGAGGAGAUCCAGAAGCACAACCACAGCAAGAGCACCUGGCUGAUUCUGCACCACAAGGUGUACGAUUUGACCAAGUUCUUGGAGGAGCAUCCUGGUGGGGAAGAAGUGUUAAGGGAACAAGCUGGAGGGGAUGCUACUGAAAGUUUUGAGGAUGUGGGACACUCUACAGAUGCUAGAGAAUUGUCCAAAACGUACAUCAUUGGGGAACUUCAUCCGGAUGAUAGAGCAAAGUUAACCAAGCCUUCGGAAACUCUCAUUACUACUGUUGAUUCUAAUUCCAGCUGGUGGACCAACUGGGUGAUCCCAGCCGUCUCAGCAAUGCUAGUGGCUCUGAUGUAUCACCUCUAUACAGCAGAAGAUUAAACUCAUGCUCAGAAGUGGAGGAAAGAAAAGACUGCUUUGGACCAGGGAGAAAGAAGCCAGUGUUAACUGCUUCAAUUGACAGAAACCUUCACCUGAAAAACAACUUUAAUACACCUGUUUCCCUUUUCUCCUACUUUGAACCAAACCAAAAGAACUGUUCUUUCUACUCCCGGACUCUUUGAAUUGUGCCUUUUGUUCAUCAGCUUUUUUUGAUGUUCCAUCACUACAUAAUUUACUUAUUGUAGGCAUGAUCUUUUAAAAAAUAUAUCUGGCUUUUAAAAUA